CAUUUUGCCCUGAAAUUAGUAAACCAAAACUACAUUCACUUUUAAAAUACCAGACCACUGAUCAAUGCCAUGAACCUUCUCUUGCUCUAUACUCAGAGUGAAGUAGAGUUUAACACAGCUUCAGAACGUAAUUUAAGCCAUGUCUUUACCUUGCUUAAAACGGAUGUCACACACUGCAGCCUUCACACACACCCUUCUUCUGUUCCUACUUUUCAAUGUGGGACUCCCUACCCCAGAGGAUCCCAUCAAAUGCUCAUCAAACAAUAACACAAGCUGCACCAUCACAAACUCCUACGGCAUCUUCCCUGAUCGAACCACCUGUCACGCAGCACAAGCGUUUUACCCAACUACAGAGCAAGAGCUUCUAAAACUGGUUGCUUCAGCUUCUCAAAACAAAAGGAGAAUGAAAGUUUCAACCCGUUUCUCCCACAGCAUCCCCAAGUGGGUGUGUCCUGAGGGCCAAAACGGGUGGGUAAUAAGCACCAAGUAUCUGAACAGGAUAUUGGAAAUUGAUGUGGGAGCGAGGACAAUGAAGGUGCAGAGUGGUGUGACAUUGAAGCAGCUAAUUGAUGAGGCUGCGAAGGUUGAGCUGGCGUUACCGUAUGGACCAUAUUGGUGGGGCUUGACAAUUGGGGGGAUAGUUAGUACAGGUGCUCAUGGAAGCUCAUUGUGGGGGAAAGGAAGUUCAGUGCAUGAGCAUGUGGUGGAGCUGACAAUUGUUAGGCCUGCAGGUCCUGAAGAUGGGUAUGCUAAGAUUCAGAACCUCAGUGAAGAUAAUGAAGAUCUUAAUGCAGCAAAACUAUCACUUGGCUUGCUGGGGGUCAUUUCACAGAUUACUUUGAAACUGGAACCUCUUUUCAAGCGAUCCAUUACCUAUUUGGCAAAAAACGAUUUGGAUUUGGGAGAUCAAGCGGCAGCAUUUGGACACCAACAUGAGUUUGCAGAUAUAACAUGGUACCCAAAUCAACAUAAGGCUGUGUACCGUGUUGACGAUCGUGUCCCAACCAAUGCAUCAGGCAGUGGUAUCUAUGAUUUCAUCCCUUUCCGUUCCACUUCAUCCCUUGAAUUGGCACUUAUCAGAACCACAGAGGAUAUUCAGGAAUUCAUUAGUGAUGCUGAUGGGAAGUGUUUACUUGCAAAGACCGCAACGGAUACUCUUGUUGCUGCUGCUUAUGGACUAACUAACAAUGGAAAAAUCUUCACAGGAUUCCCUGUAAUUGGAUAUCAAAACCACCUUCAGUCUUCUGGGUCAUGCCUAGAUGGUCCUAAGGAUGCAAAGAUCACAUCAUGUCCUUGGGACUUCAGGGUGAAAGGAGAGUUCUUUCACCAAACCACAUUUAGCAUUGCCUUGUCCGUAGUGAAGAAUUUCAUUAAAGAUGUGCAGAAGCUUGUUGAAUUGGAACCGAAGGGAUUUUGUGGCAUAGAGCUCUACAACGGAAUUCUAAUGCGUUAUGUCAAAGCUUCAAGUGCCUACUUGGGGAAACAAGAAGAUGCUAUAGACUUUGAUAUCACAUAUUACCGUAGCAAAGACCCAAUGAGUCCUAGGCUUUACCAAGACAUUAUUGAAGAGGUUGAGCAAUUAGGAAUUUUCAAAUAUGGAGGUCUACCCCAUUGGGGUAAGAACAGAAACAUAGCAUUUGAAGGAGUAAUCAAGAAGUACAAGAAUGCAGAGGAAUUUUUUAAGGUUAAGAAUGUGUAUGAUUCACAAGGACUAUUUUCAAGUGAGUGGGCAGACCAAGUGCUUGGCAUAAAAGAAGGGUUAACAACAUCACAGGAUGGGUGUGCACUAGAAGGUCUUUGCAUAUGCUCAGAUGACAACCAUUGUGCACCAAGCAAAGGCUACUUUUGCAGACCUGGUAAAGUGUAUAAGGAAGCAAGGGUUUGUUCUUAUUUAAGAUCUAUACAAUUCUAACAAUCACCCUAUAUUUGUAUUUACUUUAUUUGUUCAUGGAAGACCUUCCCAUGAAUUUUCAGGACUUGGAUCCUCUAAGGCUAGACUGCAUAUCUACACCAACUAAUUAAAAUGACCUAUUAUUACAAUUA